AUGGAGAUCAAGGGGACCAUGCAGCUGUCCAGUAGCCCAGGGCAAGGAGAGAUCCAAGAAGAGGCCGAUCCUGCAAUUCAAGAAAUUCAGGGGGUCGGCGCUGUGGCAUGGAGCGCUCACCUGCUGUAUGAGAGCAGAAAGGGGGGAACGUUGGAAAACUGCAUCCUCCUCAGCUUCUUUGCCAAAGAACAUCUGCACCACAUGACAGAGAAGCAGCUGAACCUCUACAAUCGCCUGAUUAACGAGCCCCGUAAUGACUGGGGUAUUUACUACUGGGCCACAGAAGCAAAUCCAGCCCCAGAAAUAUUUGAAAAUGAAGUCAUGGCACCGCUGGGAGACUUUGUUAAAAACAAAAACAAAGAACAAAGACUGCGUGCCCCGGAUCUGGAGUAUCUUUGCAAAAACCACGUUAACCCUGCACAGUGUCUGGCACGGCACUCGGUCUGUGGAUGCUAA